AUGACUAUUCAAAAGAAAUUGAAAUUGAAACUUCAGAUUCAAUCACUGACAAAAGAGUGCGUAAAAGAGAUUGCUAGGAAAGGCAUACAGAGGCAAGGCAAGAAAGUAUCUCAAGAUGUAAAUAAGGAUGAAAGGAAAAUGAAACCAACAUGUGCUUCAACAUUUUGCAAUAAAUCAAAAAACAGAUACUGCGACAAUUUUUCUGAAUCUGAGAGGAGUGAGCUGUUUAACCAUUUUUGGAAAAAUUGUACAUCCUGGGCAGAAAAGAAAACUUUUUGUGUAAAUAUGAUUACCAAGACAGAAACAAAACGUAUAAUGACCGAAAGUGAGAAAAGUCGAAGGGAUUGUUCCUACACUUAUUACAUAAAAAAAGAAGACAUAUCAUUACCAGUCUGUAAAAAAAUGUUUUUGAAUACGCUCUGUUUGAAUGAAUGGAUGGUGAGGAAUUGGAUAAACUCUUCAAUUAUUGAAGAACCUAUACCACGAGUAUCAGUGUCUGUACGACAUAAUCAUCUCAUAUCUUGGUUUGGGUCUUUGCCGAAAAUGCCCAGUCAUUAUUGUCGAAAGAAGUCUGAGAGACUAUACCUUGAGGGUCCGUUUAAUAGCAAACAAGAAGUUUAUGAUGUAUAUUUAUUGAAAUGUAAAGAAGAGAAUAUGAAACCAUUAAGUAGAAGUUUUUUCUCCAGAUUUAUGACACAAAAAAAAUUUUCCAUAUACCAACCUAGAAAAGAUUUAUGUGAUACCUGCUCAAGUUAUAAAACAAAAAAAAGUAAAUAA